AUGAGCAGACUUAUGGGUUGGAUUGAUAAUCAGAUGUCAAACCAGCUACAUAAGCCAAUGGGCCAGUGGAAAGACAGUCCACAGGUUGGCCAUUGGGGUCACUAUUGGCCAAAUGCUCGUGGCCAUUUCUCCCCAUGUAGGUUCUCCCAACCUGCAAGGCUGGGCACAAAAACCCGAUGUUUGGAGCCAUGGAUGAUUAUCCUUAUUGUUAUAAUAGGAUUAUUGAUUAUAGGCCUAAUUAUUGGUCUCUUGGUUCAUUUCUUGGUCUCUGAUAAGAAGCUGGAGUAUUACCAUGGCACCUUUAAAAUUUCAAAUGUACAAUUGAAAGACAAUACUGAACAAGGUUAUGCAUAUCAUUAUAAGGACUUACGUGAGAUGAGUGAACUUUUGGUGGAUGAGACAUUUAUGGAUUCUAUCUUGAACAAACAUUAUAUCAAGAAUCAAGUUGUCCAAUUGACGCCAGACAUAGAUGGCAUGAAAGCAGAUGUUGUGAUGGUGUUUCAGUUUCCCUCCAAUGAGAGAAGAGAAAUAAGAGAGAAAAAAAUUCAUAACAUUUUACAUCAGAAAAUAAGGAAUACAAGAACUCUAAGGAUAAAUGCUUCAUCCCUUCAACUCAGUGCUAUGAGUUCAACAUCGGGCAAGCUAACUGUCCAAUCAUGUUGUGGCAAACGAGUGACUCCAACAAUAAUCAACAGAAUAGUUGGUGGAGAAAUUGCACCCAAGUCUGCCUGGCCAUGGCAAGCCAGUCUUCAGCAUAAUAAUGUGCAUCAAUGUGGGGCCACUCUGAUUAGUAACACAUGGCUUGUUACUGCAGCUCACUGCUUUAAGAAUUAUCCCAGCAUACGUGGAUGGACUGUUAGUUUUGGUAUAACUAUUAACCCUCCCUUAAUGAAAAGAAAUAUUAAAAAAAUUAUAGUCCAUGAAAGGUACCAUUUUCCAGCACGAGAGUAUGACAUUGCAGUAGUGCAGUUUUCUCCCAAAGUUACUUUUAGUGAAGAUAUACGCCGGAUUUGUCUACCAGAUGCAGCUGAUUAUUUCCCACCAACUUCAACAGUCUUUAUCACAGGAUUUGGAGCUCUUAUAUAUGGUGGGGAGUCACAGAAUGAACUUCGACAAGCUUCAGUGGAACUUAUAAGUGAUGAAAUAUGCAGGCAGCCACAUGUAUAUGGCAAAGAUAUAACAUUUGGAAUGUUUUGUGCUGGUUUCUUGGAAGGAAUUUAUGAUGCCUGCAGGGGUGACUCCGGAGGACCCCUGGUUGUAAAAGACUAUAAAGAUACUUGGUAUCUCCUUGGAAUUGUGAGCUGGGGGGACAACUGUGGUCGUGUGAACAAGCCUGGAGUCUAUACUCAAAUAACUUAUUACCGGAAGUGGAUUAAGUCAAAAACUGGCCUCUAAAGGAGCUCUUUGCAUGCAGGGCAUUUCCAAAACUGCCAGUCUUCAGCCAUGUGUAUAUCCCAAAAGUUUGGUUGAACAGAUGCCCGUGUCAACAAAAUACAAAUAGACUAAAAUGCAUUUAAAUUUAGGAAGGUAGAGGUUCAUUCAGCCAAUGUGU